UAUUAUUUUAUAUUAUAUUAAUUAAUCUAAAUAUAAGAUCUAAAGAGAGAAAAAAAAAAUAAAAAAUUAUAUAGUCUAAAGAAAAGGACGGAAGAUGAACGAUUACAGGCCACUGCGGCGUUUUGGUAUAAAAAGGCGCGCGCGAAUGGUAUGGUUUUACAUUCUUAAUCAAACCUCUGCGCGUGACGGUCGAUCGCUUUGUGAGUUCGUUCGUUCGUUCGUUCGUUGUUUAUUUAUUUGUUUGUUUGGUUGGUUGGUUGAUCAACACAAUGGCGCGUACUAAGCAAACAGCUAGAAAAUCAACCGGUGGCAAAGCGCCACGUAAGCAGCUGGCGACCAAGGCCGCCAGGAAGAGUGCUCCCGCAACAGGCGGAGUGAAGAAACCUCACCGUUACAGGCCCGGCACUGUCGCUCUCCGUGAGAUCCGUCGUUACCAGAAAAGUACGGAACUUCUGAUUCGCAAAUUACCGUUCCAGCGUUUGGUUCGUGAGAUAGCGCAAGAUUUCAAAACCGAUCUGCGUUUCCAAAGUUCCGCCGUCAUGGCGCUGCAGGAGGCCAGCGAAGCUUACCUGGUCGGUCUUUUCGAAGACACGAACCUUUGCGCCAUUCACGCCAAGCGUGUUACCAUCAUGCCAAAGGAUAUACAGUUGGCGCGCAGAAUCAGAGGGAGAGAGCUUAAACGCCGCCGUUCGCUCUUGCAACCAACGUCGUCGUCGUCAUCGUUGUAGAAUAAUAAUAAUAAUAAUAACAAUAAAUAUUAUUCAACACGACGGGUGUUUAAAAUAAUGUGCGCGCGUGCAUCGCAGCUCGCUCCUCGCAUAUUAUUAGAAACACAUAAUAUCGCGAAACAUUUAUAUUAUUAUAUUUACAAAUGAAGGCGAAAUUGACGCACGCGUGAUUCGCGCAUCAUGACUUUUAAUCAUUAAAAGGCCCUUUUCAGGGCCGCA